AUUUAAUACAUUUUAGGCAAAAAGAAGAAGAGGCGAAGCAAAAAUUGUUAAAAAUGUUAAAAAUUAAAACGAAAAAAGGUCAAUUCAUUGUCAGCGGUCUCGAUGAGAACAUAACAUUGGCAGAGCUGCGGACGCGAAUCGCGCAGACGACGGACAUACAGGAGUCGCAGCUUCAUGUGCUGGUGGGCUAUCCACCACGUCCACUAGACCUAAGUGGGGACCAACAGCAGCGCAGUUUGCAUGCAGCGGGCGUCAACAGCGGUGAUACUUUAAUAGUGGAAGAGAAAAUGGCGCCAGCGCCGACGCCCACGCCAGCACCUGCUGACGACUAUGAGGAUGACGAAGCACUGGCGCGUCGUUUGCAAGCCGAGGAGGAUGCUGCUGAAAUACCAGACGAAGUGAUUCACAGUGGUAUGAGCAAUGGCAUUGCGCCAGCUCCCGCGGAGCCAAGUGGACCUUGUGGCGACUUUAAUGGCAUACUUUUGAAGAAGGUGGUGCCAGCGGAUAAUUCGUGCCUUUUUACUAGCAUACGCUUUGUGUUGAACGGUAAGGUGGAUAACGAGGGCAGUGAAAUGAUGCGUCACAUCAUUGCCCAGGAAGUGUCCGCCGAUCCGCAACAAUAUAAUGACGCCAUGCUAGGCAAAUCCAACGCCGACUAUUGUGCCUGGAUCCAGAAGGCCGACUCGUGGGGUGGCGCUAUCGAGGUAUCAAUACUAUCCAACUAUUACGGCAUUGAAAUCGAUGUUGUGGAUAUACAGAACGCCAUUAUCAAUCGCUUUGGCGAGGACAAAAACUUUGGCCUACGUGUCUUCCUGCUCUUCGAUGGUAUACACUACGAUCCGCUGUAUAUGGAAACAGCACAGAGCACUUCUCCAGCUACCAUCUUCCCCGUAGAGGAACUUGGAGUUUAUCAGCAAGCAGAGCAGCUGGCCAAUGAGGCCAAAUCCUCACGUCAGUUCACCAACGUGGACAAGUUCAAUUUACGCUGCAUGCAGUGCGACCUGCUGCUUGUGGGCCAAGCUCAGGCCCAACAGCACGCCAAGGCCACGGGUCAUUCCAAUUUUGGGGAGAUUUAAUACGUGGUGAUCUUCGCGAUCAU